AUGGAGACAGACUAUAUCCGCUAUGUUCAAAAAUAUCACCAAUGUCAGACUCAUACAGAUAUGAUCCUAGUUCCACCCAACGAACUCCAUGUUAGUAGUUCACCUUUGCCCUUUGCAACUUGGGGCAUGGACGUCAUUGGUCCAAUCGAGCCAACAACAUCCAAUGGACAUAGAUUCAUUCUGGUUGCAAUCGACUACUUCACCAAAUGGGUCGAAGCCACCUCUCACAAAUCAGUGACAAAGAAGGUUGUGGAUGACUUUGUAAAAAAUAACAUCAUCUGUAGAUUUGGAAUUCCUGAGUCAAUCAUCACUGAUAAUGGAACCAAUCUAAAUAGUGAUUUGAUGAGAUCAUUGUGUGAGAAAUUCAAGAUCAGUCAUCGGAAUUCUACAACAUAUAGACCACAGAUGAAUGGAGCUGUUGAGGCUGCAAACAAGAACAUCAAGAGGAUAUUACGCAAAAUGAUCGACAAUCAUAGACACUGGCUUGAAAAGCUACCAUUUGCAUUGCUAGGAUAUCGUACCACCAUCAGAACUUCUACUGGGGCUACGCCUUAUUUUCUAGUAUAUGAUAAUGAAGUUGUGAUACCUGCUGAAGUAGAGAUACAAUCUCUAAGGAUUAUUCAGGAACCGGAGUUGAGUGAUGCUAAAUGGAUAUAA